UUCACUUGCCGCCUUGUGCCGGGACGAGGAGCGCCGCGGGCAGCACGGGCCGUGGAGAGGGCGCUGCGCUCGGGCUACCCAAUGCGUGGACUAGCUGCAGCCGCUGCUCGUGCAAUAUGCUGGAGCUCCAGAACAUCUAAACGGAGUCGCCACACCGCUGCCUGGGCUGGAUCACCGCGCUGCCUUUCCUUAUGAAGAAGACACAAACUUGGAUUAUCACUUGCAUUUAUCUUCAACUACUCCUAUUUAAUCCUCUGGUCAAAACUAAAGGGAUCUGCAGGAACCGUGUAACUGAUGAUGUGAAAGACGUUACAAAAUUGGUGGCAAAUCUUCCAAAAGACUAUAAGAUAGCCCUCAAAUAUGUCCCCGGGAUGGAUGUUUUGCCUAGUCAUUGUUGGAUAAGGGUGAUGGUGGAACAGUUGUCAGUCAGCUUAACUGAUCUUCUGGACAAGUUUUCAAAUAUCUCUGAAGGCUUGAGUAAUUACUCUAUCAUAGACAAACUUGUGAAAAUAGUGGAUGACCUUGUGGAGUGCAUGGAAGAACACUUAUUUGAGAAUGUAAAAAAAACACCUAAGAGCCCAGAACUCAGGCAUUUUACCCCUGAAGAAUUCUUCAGAAUUUUUAAUAGAUCCAUUGAUGCCCUCAAGGACUUGGAGACCGUGGCAUCUAAAACUAGUGAAUGUGUGGUUUCUUCGACAUUAAGUCCUGAAAAAGAUUCCAGAGUCAGUGUCACAAAACCAUUUAUGUUACCCCCUGUUGCAGCCAGCUCCCUUAGGAAUGACAGCAGUAGCAGUAAUAGGAAGGCCUCAAACCCCAUUGGAGACUCCAACUUACAAUGGGCCGCCAUGGCAUUGCCAGCAUUCUUCUCUCUUGUAAUCGGGUUUGCUUUUGGAGCCUUAUACUGGAAGAAGAGACAACCAAAUCUCACAAGGACAGUUGAAAAUAUACAGAUUAAUGAAGAGGAUAAUGAAAUAAGUAUGUUGCAAGAAAAAGAGAGAGAGUUUCAAGAGGUGUAAUUGUGGCUUAUAUCAACACUGUUACUUUAGUAUCUUGGCGGGUAACAGUUCAUGUUUGCUUCAUAAAUGAAGCAGCUUUAAACAAAUUCAUUAUCUGUCUGGAGUGACAGACUGCAUUUUUAUCUGUUCUUGCUACCCAUGACUCUAUAUGGAUGAUUCACAAAUUGGAACAAAGUGUUUUACUGUGAAACUGGCACUGAAUUAAUCAUCUAUAAAGAAGAACUUGCAUGGAGCAGGACUCUAUUUUAAGGACCUGGGGGACUUGUGGUCUCAUUUAGAACUUGCAACUGAUGUUGGGAGAGAAAGCACGUGUCCCAGACUGCAUGCACCAUUUUGCAUGCCUCCAGAAAUGUCUAAUUGCUGAAAAGCCACAUAGCUUUAUUUUCAGUUACAACCUGCAGUUCAUAGUUAUCUUGGUCUCUGCAAGUAGAUUUCAUCCUGAAUAGUGGGGGGUAAUAAUUUUUCUCAAAGGGAUCUAGAAAAAAAUUUAAAAACAAAAACUCAAUAGCAUCAGCAACUCUACAUAUAGAAAGCAGUGGAAACAAAAUAAUUGGAGUAGGGCGACAUGUCAGCCUUGUAGAUGCUAAUUAAUGGUCUGGGUCUGAUCUCGGUCUCUUCUCAACAUAAACCUAUAUCCCACUAGACAAAUGGACAUGGUUAGCUGGAUCUAAUCAUGCCUGGGAGCCAGUAUUGAGUUAGAACAAUGAUGUCAUCAACAAAAU